AUGGCCUGUGCUGUAGUGGCUGUAUUAUUCUAUUUGCUUAUGCACGCAACUGCGUACGCUGAUCAAUGUAGCAGCAGGCCUAUCUACUACGCAUCGGAAUGCCUUGCCAUGGAUGGGUGUUCGUGGUGUUGUGAGCGGCCUGUGGGCUCCCAGUGCUUCGACAACGCGCGGGGCUCGGACUCUUCCUUUGCAGUGUGUAGCGAGAAUGCGACUCUGUCGAACCCCAACACGACGUGUGGGCAGCUGUGCGCUACGGCUAUAGGCGAUUGCGGCACCUGUGAACAGAAAAACUGGUGCUACUUUUGCAUUGGUUCAUCUUUGUGUCAAGCUCCGUACGCCACAUGCCUCAACGGUGAGGUUAUUCAGUCCUGCAGUAUGCUGAAGAAGCCAGCGGGGAGUGACUUGUACUACUUCAAGGUUCUAAUUUAUGUAGGCGGUGCGCUUAUUGGAAUAGCGGUACUCGCGUCAUUUAUUUUGUUGUGGCUUCGUGUACGCCAGCGGAUGCGGGAGGACCACCAAACACUCGCCGAUGAAGGCAGACCGUUUCUCAACAGUAACACACACACGGAAAGUGACAGCCACAACAACAUAGCUGGUGGUGGUGGUGGCGGUGGUGCUGAGGCAAACACUGUGGAUAGUGAGGCACCGGAUGCCGAGCCCGAGGCAGCCACGGGGCCUCCACCAGCGGAGGAGCGUGAGGGUGGCAGGACGGUGCAGUCACCUCGAUCCGCGAAGGCGAGCACAGCAGAUGAUGACUCGCUGUGUUUUUUGUGUCUCGAGGCGAGUCCGGCGGUGACGUUUCUUCCAUGCUACCACACAUGCUGCUGUGAGGCGUGCAGCAAUAAACUACGCCCCACACGCGCAGAUACGCUGACGUGUCCUUUCUGCCGAGCCAGAAUUGUGGCGAUGGUGAGUCUGCAUAGCAUCUUGCUGCAAGCGGCCUCACCGUCUUAA